AUUCAAUUCCGAAUUCACCCAUAUGCUGUGAAAUCCUCUCUUUCUCACAAACCAAAAUGAUGGAAGGAGAUGAGAAUAUUCAAGCCUCAAAAGGAAAAAAUGUUGAAAGCCUCACCUGCUUAGAGGAACCUCAAAAUCCAAGGAAGAAAAGCAAGAAGUUAGAAAAAAAGAGAAGGUUUAGUGAUGAACAGAUUCGAUCACUAGAAUGCAUAUUUGAGUCAGAGUCAAAGCUGGAGCCAAGGAAGAAGAUAAAACUUGCAAGAGAUCUUGGGUUGCAGCCUCGCCAAGUUGCUAUAUGGUUCCAAAACAGAAGGGCAAGGUGGAAAUCAAAACGGAUAGAGCAAGAAUACAGGAAACUCAAAGAUGAAUAUGAUAGUUUGGCAUCUCAGUUUGAUUCACUAAAGGAAGAGAAUGAGUCUUUGCAAUUAGAGUUGCAGAAGCUAAGUGAUUUGAUGGAAACAUCUCAUGAUGGUGGAAGGGAAGGCAAGGUUGCCAAGGAAAACAGCACAGAAGAUGGUGGUUCAGGUAGUGGAUAUAGCAAUUGGAGGGCUGAAGCAAAGCCAAGGUUUUCAAAUGAGGGUUUGGAGGACAAAGUAGUUGUGUGUUCAGAUGAUCAAAAUGAAAAGAGCAGAAGGAUUGAAAAAUCUGAGGACAGAGGACACCAACUUGUGAGAAUGGAUAAUCAUGCAGAGAUUCCAUUGGCAUCACUUGAAAAAUGGUACAGUGUGGACCCGAGUGGUAUCUUAGACCAGUCAUGUAGCGGUUCUCAAUGGUUAGAUUUCUGGACUUGAAAAGUGCGCCACAAUUUAUGUUGCAUGUUUGAUGUUUCCUCAAAGAAGGAACAAAGACUGGUUGGCUCCUAUGUAGCCAGCAGGUCAAAAAUCAAAACAUGCCAGCCCAAGCAGGAUGUUCGAAACUUUAUGUUGGAUAGACCAAGAAGCUCAAAGAUGAAGUUUUGUAGGCUUGACUUGAUAGGGAGAGAAUUAAGAUAGCCUCGCUCACUUCAAUUGUUUAGAGAUUAUUUGGAAGAAGAAAUAAUGUGCAAUGUCUCUGUUUGUCCAUUCUUGCAUGCCUUUCCAAUCUGUUUGCAUGUGUGUCUGUGAGUGUGUGUGUGUGUGUGUUUUUCCAUUUAUGGUUUUCAAGGGGUUUGAAUCUAAAACCUCUUUUAUCCCUUUAGGCUUUAGCUACAUCCAUAUUAACAUGUAUGGUCUUUAGGACAUGACCAGGACACGUAAGUACAAAAUGUUGAGUGAAUGACAUAUUGCUUGACUUCAUGAAGCAGUCAAUAUGCUAAUUU